UAAGUUUGAAGUAAAUAUAAAAAAUAAUAAAAUAUGAGAAAUGUGGUCAGAUUCAGACAAGAGUCUUGCAAGCGAAUCCAUCACCAGCCAUCUCCAACCUGCUUUCACGAGGAUAUCUAAUCUUAACUAAUAUUACUUUUAUGUUUUUAUUUUAUUCCCUCCAUUACCCUUCCUUCCCAUCCAACGCCUCCUAUUUCUCCAUUUUCUCAAAUCUAAUUAUUCACCGUCCGAUCAGAUCACCUCAACGAACAUAUCUUCCUCAACAUUCCCUUCCCUCCUUCAGAUCUAACCAGCUAAGUGGCACAGAGGGAAAGAAAAAUUCUUUCUUUUCUCAUUUUUGAGACUUUGGCUCAAAGCUACCAUCUUUACUGUCACUCCCGAAGGACUCAAAUGGUAGAGGCGCAAACAUGGACUACAAGGAGGAUGAGCAACCCAAGAUUGGACUCAACCGCCACUGCCGACCACCAACUUUUGGACAUCCCGGCAACCCCAACAGCUGAGGUGAGAAACGGCAUCUACAGCGUUGGAUCACAUCUCUCUCCUAAUCUCUUAACGGCACUGAUCAUUGCUUCAUGGUUCACGUCCAACAUUGGGGUCCUUUUACUCAACAAGUAUCUCCUCAGCUUUUAUGGCUACCGUUAUCCAAUCUUUCUCACCAUGCUCCACAUGAUCUCAUGUGCUUGUUACAGUUACGUAGCCAUAAACUUUCUUGAAAUAGUUCCAAGGCAACAUAUUUUGUCGAGGAAGCAGUUUUUUAAAAUAUUUGCUUUGAGUGCCAUUUUUUGUUUCUCCGUCGUGUGUGGGAACACUUCUUUAAGGUACAUUCCAGUGUCGUUUAACCAAGCUAUUGGCGCCACGACCCCUUUUUUCACUGCAAUUUUCGCUUUCUUAAUCACUUGCAAGAAGGAAUCUGCAGAGGUUUAUUGUGCACUUUUGCCUGUGGUUUUUGGGAUUGUGUUGGCUAGUAACAGUGAGCCUUUGUUUAACCUGUUUGGGUUCUUGGUUUGUGUUGGUUCUACUGCUGGUCGUGCUUUAAAGUCUGUAGUUCAAGGGAUCUUGUUAACUAGUGAAGCUGAGAAGCUACAUUCCAUGAACUUGCUGCUGUAUAUGGCUCCUAUGGCAGCAAUGAUUUUGUUACCGUUUUCUCUAUAUAUUGAAGGAAAUGUUGCAAGAAUCACACUUGAGAAAGCCAAGACUGAUUCUUUCAUUGUUUUCUUGUUGGUUGGGAAUGCUACGGUGGCUUAUUUGGUGAACUUAACAAAUUUUUUGGUUACCAAACAUACGAGUGCCCUUACUUUGCAGGUUUUGGGAAAUGCCAAAGCUGCAUUAGCAGCGUUUGUGUCGGUUAUGAUCUUCAAGAAUCCGGUGACCGUGAUGGGGAUGGCCGGAUUCGCUGUUACAAUAAUGGGAGUUGUGCUUUACAGCGAAGCAAAGAAAAGAUCUAAGGUCACUACACACUGACAAUAAGGUCACAAACAUGGGUGCGGCUCUUUUUUUAUUCUUCAUUAUAAUUUCUUGCUUUUGAUUAGAUUUAAUGGAAGGAAAAAAAUGAAAUUUGUGAUUGGAAUUGUAUAGGAAGAAUUGAGAAAAAAAAAAAGGGAAAAAAGGGUUAGAUGCUCUUUUUUUUCUUUUGCUAUUGGGGGUGGUUUAAGAGAAUAAAAUUCUCUUUUUCACUUUUUCCCCUGUUUGUAAUCUUAUAGUAUGCUUUUGCUACAUUGAUAUGGACAGAUAAAAUUAAAAAAAAAAAAACUCUAUUCAAACAUUUGUUAUAAUUGGGAGAAAAAGUUCUCCCACUUCUUUAUGUUGGAUUAUUAUUGACUUCAAUCUUCUGUUCAUGCCAUACUCAUUUGCUUACUUAGCAGCUUAAAUCUAUGCAUGAUUCACAUUCUUCAGCCUUAUAUCUGAGUUUGUAUGAACUUUCAUCUUUGUAGAUUGUGAUUUAUAAUCUGUGUUUCUCCAUCCAAUGAUAAUUGAUCAAUUCUUCCCAUUUAUUUCUCCUCAUGGUGGUCAUUUUCUGUAUGAAAUAUAUCAUCUUGAAAAAGCAAAGGGAUUACCUUCAAUUCAUUGAUAGGGACAAUGGUUGAGCCCCUAAUUGUUAGUUUUGAGGUAAUUGACCAAUGAUGCUUGUUACUCCUAUAAAAUAAAAAUGCUGAUGAACUUUAGAAUCUUUUUAUGAACCAUUGCAUUGCAGAGUUAAAAGCUGGUCAGAUUCCAUAUUUCAAUUCCAGGAAAUUAACUGCGCCUGAUGUUGAAAUACCAAGUUUGUAUGUCUAAAAGUUGGCAAUGUAACAUAUUGUUGAUUAGAGAAUUUUAGCUUUUUUUUCAUCACUAUGACGAAUGUUUUUCAACGGCAAAUCAAUGUCGUUCCAUCAUGGAUUCUUGUCUUGCUAGGAAAUUACGUGGAAAUGGAACUGUUAAUGUAUGAACGGUUGAGAAGCUGACAAUUAUGUCGAAUAUGAACCACAUUGCCUGUUCAUAUGCUUGAGCUCUAUCCUGUUUGAACCAUUAGGCAUUGCUGGUUAGCCGCCCCAAUGCUGGUUGCCACGUAUAUGUCUCUAGGCUCUAAGCUCUAGAGGAACCCACUUGGUAUCGCUUGAUUGGGAAUUUACAAUCACUAAUCAGCAACUUGCAUCAUGUGGGACAUAUAAUUAGGGUAGGCUCAAAAUUUUUGUGGUGGUUGGAACAUCAUUCUCUUAGUGGCUGGCUUUAAAAAAUUUUCAUUGAGUUAGUUGAAGGGUAAGAUUUACAAUGAUGAGUUGUAGGAUACAUGGCUUGUCUUUGUCGAGUUAGUUGCGUAUUAAGGUGUUAUAUCUCUCCAUUAAGAAGAUACAUGUCAGUAUAAGAGGUAUAGUUGAUUCUAUAUUGAUUUUUUGGCCAUCCGUCUCACUUCAAACGUAAUCUACCAAUGUUUAAAUUAAGAUUAUGCUCUUUAAACACGGAUGAUAGAUUCUAUUUGAAGUGGGACGGUUGACCAAACUCAGGGGAUCUAUAUAGAGUCAAUCUUAUCUCUUAUACUGACACGUGUUUUCUUGACAUAAAUAUAUAAGAUAACGCUUUGGGGUUAA